CUCAAUCGUCCUCGCCACAGUAUCAAUCAGACAGCCAUCAUGAAGCAUCAUCCGUCGUUUGUUCGAGCUUCUAUGCUGAUAGCUGCCACACUGGGAUGCGUUUCGUUCGUUCAGAGUCAGUGUGACGGUGAAUGCGUUCCCCUGGCAAAUUGCGCGAAUAGCUUUGGUGGUGAGGCUAUUAUCGAUUUAAGGUUCAAUGGUAAUAGCGAAUGUGACCAUUACCUGGAGGUGUGCUGCGAUAAGGACGAUGUCAAAAACGAUGGUCCACGUCAGACUACAUCAGGAGGAACUAUGACAACUGAAAACAGUAUGAGCGUGCCACCCCCAUCAUUUGAUCUUGACGAAAACUUUGACAAUUGUGGCUACCGGAAUGCUGAUGGUAUUGGAUUCAGGAUUAUGAAUGGACACAAUGAAACAGAAUUUGCAGAAUUCCCCUGGAUGGUGGCCAUCUUGGAAACAAAAGAGAUGCUUGGCAGGGAAAUAUCCACAUUCAUCUGCGGUGGAUCAUUGAUUAGUCCCAAUGUGGUACUGACCGCUGCUCAUUGUGUAAAGAAUAAAAAGGCUGCACCUCUGACGGUUCGUGCUGGCGAAUGGGACACUAGAACUGAGAACGAAGUUCUGCCACAUCAGGAUCAACAAGUUCAAACCAUUAUCAUAAAUCCCAACUACAACUCGGCAUACCAGUUCAAUAAUAUAGCACUGCUAGUACUAGAAAACCCUUUCUAUGCCGAUAAAAAUGUAAAGUUGAUCUGUUUACCUCCACAAGGCAUGACAUUUCUCAACGAUGACUGCUUCGUAACCGGUUGGGGCAAGACUAACUAUGCUUCUGAUAGCUAUCAAGUUAUUCUUAAAAAAAUACAAUUGCCAAUGGUGACACAUCAAAACUGUGAGGAUGCUUUGAGAACCACUAGACUUGGAUCAAAAUAUAAGCUGCAUAAUUCAUUUGUCUGUGCCGGUGGCCAGGAUGGAAUCGACGCCUGCACCGGUGAUGGAGGAUCACCACUCAUGUGUCCUUUCCCGGGAUCCGAUAAUCGCUACUAUCAGGCUGGAAUUGUGGCUUGGGGCAUCGGAUGCGGUACACCGGGUAUUCCAGGAGUUUACACGAAAAAUAGUCUGUAUACCGAAUGGAUAAACCAACAGAUUCAAGAGUAGUGCAAUCGGAUACAGAUGACUACUUUAAAUGUGGUUCAUUAAUAUCUUUUAGUUGGAAUCCCUUAUGAAGAUCUUUUGAUUGAGUUAUUUCUUAAUAAUUGCGUUAAUUUUGCUUGUAAACAUCCUCAGUGCCAAAUACUAAAGCACAUCUGGCAUUAAAAGGAAAUAACUCAACCCACUCAAAAACUCUUCAUGGUUAAUUAGCUCAAUGGAUAAAUUUACUGUACAUGUGAGAAACUUUUUUAAAGGAAAUGAAAUAUAAUUGAUGA